AUGGAUCUACCGCUGGACAUCGACCAACUUACUGCCCCGCCGCAGCUGGACGAGCCACCACUGUCGCCAUUAGCGGCGGCCAACUCUCCUGCCGUCCCACGCUUUUCGCCCAUUCCACCACCAUCGUCGGCAGCGCAUGCAGACAAGGUUCAAUCUCCGACUGAAGAAGGGGAUGGGUACCAGUUCCCCGCGCUGGAUGAAAAUGAUGAGCACCUGGCGAUUGAGGACCUGUUUGGUGACUUGUUUGAAGUGGGGGAUCAUCGACCGGUAGACCCCGCGUUGGUUGACACGCGCAGGAUGCUCUUGCGCUUUUUUGGUGACUAUGUUCGUGAGGAAGACGUUGAUUUUGAAGAUGAAAAGCAUGUAAAACUAGCCAAGGAAAUGGCUGAUAACAAGGCUGCAGCUCGUUUUGCCGCAGCGGAGAAAUGUUUUGGUGAGGCAGGUGCAGCUGCUCUGGAGGAUCAACGUGUUGAACCAUUUGGGUGUUUACAGUCAUCUCUUCCAGACGCACCGGAUCUCGGCCCACGCGACGAAUUGUGGCUAACAGACAUGCCAAAAAUUGCUCCAAACCGUCAAACACUCCACAUGGAACCGCAACCGUUUAUCCCUUCACAAUGCAUGCCGCUCAACAGCACCGAACGCAUGCUGUUUACAACACAGAAUGUGGUCCGAUGGGCAUAUCAUAAGGGAACGAACACCUUUAUGAGCAAUGCCCGCAUCGUCCGUUGGAGUGACGGUAGUGUAACCCUGCAUGUGGGUAGUGAUUUGUUCACCCUGCAAACUUCCAAGGAAAACACCGUCACAAUGCUCGCACGCCCGGUUGUCGUGCAAAAGGGCGCGGUUGGGGUUCCCGCAAUGGUAUCGGCAGUUAACCCCGCCAAGCACCUCGUGGUGGAAGGCGCCACUGCGGCAUCGGUUGAAGAAGCCGUAAUUGCUGAGAGCGCGCGAUUUCGAUCUGUUUCCAAACAGCACAACCUUGCGUACAGUACACCGACUCUACCUAAUAUUAAUUGGAAGAAGAUGACCAAGGCACGCACCCCCAUUGAAGAAUAUGUUAUGAAAGAAUAUGACCGCCGGCAGAAGAUGAUUGAACAACGCAAGAAAGAGGGACGACCCAUGACGUUGACGGAGCAGAUGGAAAUGGAAGACGAACUUCUCCAGAAACUGAAGACGAUUAGCGCAGAGGAACUUCUGGAACAACAACAAGAACAGCAAAGGGAAGCUGUUCUACGUUCUACGGUUCGCCCGCAACCACUUAGUCGAGGUCGUUUUAACCGUAAUACAAACCUCGAGGGUGGAGUAGAUAUGGCUGUCGCUAACGACGCGAGCGAUGGUAUAUGGAAAGGAUAUGAGGAGCAGGAAGAUGGGGAUGAUGACACAUAUGAGACGACUUUGGAGAUAAUGCGGACCAAACGUCAGAGGGAGAAUGAUGCCGACAACGCCGAGCGCCUGCGCCGCAUUCACCAGCGAGAAAAUGAGCAGGUAACGCGGUACAAACCCCUCAUGGAGGCUUUGCGAGGUCUUGUCCCAUGCCUCCCCUCGGGAUCCAAUGCACUUGGUGCUGUGCAAGGAACGUUGGAUUUUUUGGAAACAGGUGCCUUCUCCGCCGGUGUUGUUGAGAAGGAGGUGCCGCUGAUGAUGGAGGAGGUUGCUGAUGAGUGCCCCGAUAUAGACCUUAGCGCCGUGCGGAAUGAACUCCAGAAAUUGUUCCCGUGA